AUGGCAACAGUAUUGGUGAGUGCUCAUUCCUUGGCUUCCCUGAAUCUGAAGAAAGAGGGGCUGGUGGUGAGGGAGGAUCACUUCUCUGCUUGGAAACAGGGAUUCAAACUGCAAAGAAACAGCAAAGGUCUUGGACAGGAGCUGUUGUGCAAAUGAUUCAGACAGUUGUUCUAUGAAGAGACCACAGGACCUCAAGAGAUGCUGAGCCAGCUCCGGGAACUUUGCCAUCAGUGGCUGCAGCCUGAGACUGACACCAAGCAGCAGAUCCUGGAACUGCUGGUGUUGGGGCAGUUCCUGACUGUCCUGCCUAAGGAGCUCCAGGCCUGGGUGCAGGAGCAUUACCCAGAGAACAGGGAGGACGUGGUGGUUGUACUGGAGGAUUUGGAGCUAGAGCUUGGAGAAACAGGACAGCAGGACUCAGACCAGGCAAAGAAACAGAAAAGGCUUGUGGAGGAGAUGGCCCCUCUGAAAACAGUGCAGGAGCAACAGGUCCAGCUCAAGUAUGAAGUCCCAAAGCCUGAACAAGAAAAGGAUGAGGAGAGAAGGAAUGAGAAUGGGAAGCUGGUCAUUGAGACAGACUCUUGCAGAGGAGUGGAAUCAUCUGGGAAAAUAUCUGAACCUGUAGAGGCUUGUUAUGAGUACUCUAACUUGGAAAGGCAGCAGGCAAAACCCAUGGAGAAGCCUGACUAUAAAUGCUCCAGAUGUGGGGAGGGAUUCGUUCAGCACUCAGACCUGAUAAAACAUGAGGGAGUGCACAUGGGAGAAGAGCUCUGUGAUUCUGAAGUGUGUCACAGUUCUAUUCUUACUGGACAUCAGAAAAUUCGCUCUAGAGAGAAAGGUCAUCAAUGUCACCAGUGUGGGAAAGCCUUUCAGAGGAGUUCACACCUUGUCAGACAUCAGAAAAUCCAUCUUGGUGAGAAGCCUUAUCAGUGCAAAGAGUGUGGAAAAGUCUUUAGUCAGAAUGCAGGCCUUUUGGAACAUCUCAGAAUCCAUACUGGAGAGAAGCCUUAUUUAUGUAGCCAUUGUGGAAAGAACUUCAGGCGCAGCUCUCACCUUAAUCGACACCAGAGAAUUCACAGUCAAGAGGAGCCCUGUGAGUGCAAGGAGUGUGGAAAAACUUUUAAUCAGGCCCUGCUCCUCACCCACCAUCAGAGAAUCCAUAGUCACUCAAAAAGUCAUCAGUGUAAUGAGUGUGGGAAAGCCUUCAGUUUGACCUCGGACCUUAUUCGACAUCACAGGAUUCACACUGGAGAAAAACCUUUCAAGUGUAAUGUGUGCCAGAAAGCCUUCCGACUAAACUCACACCUUGCUCAACAUGUGAGAAUCCACAAUGAAGAAAAACCCUAUGAGUGUAAUGAGUGUGGAGAAGCCUUCAGGCAGAGGUCAGGCCUUUUCCAACAUCAGAGAUACCACCACAGAGAUAAACUGGCUUGAUGAGGUAUCCUCUCCUUAUAGAAAAUCAGAGAGGGAUAUGCUGGUAAUCUAACAACACUUUGGGAAAAGUCUCUCUAACCAACUCUGGCAUCAGAGAAUUCUUUGGGGCCAAGUUGGAGGCUGCUUGCCUUCCAUUCCCUCUCAUUUUAGUUUCCUCUCCUUUGUUUUCCUUGACGUCAGCUUUGGACCACAAUGUAACCUGACCCUAUGAAUGCCAGUAAAUUUCCAUUAGUCAGAAAAGACUGCCUUAAACUUGCCUAAGCCAGAUUUGGCACACCCUGCAUGCACAGAAGGGCCAGCUAUGGCUGUUGGUUGACCUCGACAGAGAAUGCAGCAACAGGUGGAACGAAUCAGAAGGAAAAUCAUCAUCCAGACCCCAUUCCAAAGAGAGAGGUCCGACGAGAACCAUAUCACCUUCUGUUUCCUGGCCGCCAUAAUUCCUGUAACAUCUUCCUUCUAGAAUUUUCCCUCCCCAGUACGCCUGUCUGGCUGCCAUCUUGC